AUGUCAAAUACAAGUAACUCAAACGGAACAUAUAAAAGCUCCAGUAGUAAUGAAGGCGUAUAUGUGAUAGCUUAUUAUAACUUAUUGAUGGUCAUCCUGGGCACAAUAUUUAACGCCACGACGUUUUUUGUCUUUUGCCGAGCAAAAUUUCGCAAUACUGCAGCCCGUCCAGUAAUUCAUUAUAUGCGUGCAAUAGCAAUAAUUGAUUUUGUGGGAUUAUAUGGAUGGACUUUCGAAAGUUAUAUUUCCACCAUUUAUAAUAUUUCACUUACUUAUUCAUACACAGUUGCAUCAUGUAAAUUUGCAUGGUUUUUCAAUUUUUGGACUCUUCAAGCGUCUGCAUGGUUACAUGUAUUUGUUUCUUUCGAUCGAUAUUUAUUCAUGAGUCGAAUACAACCAAAUACUUGGUUUAAUCGAUCAAAGAAUAUUUUGAUUAUCAUUGCUUCUGUUAUAACAAUCUUUGUUCUUUACAAUUUUCACAUUUUACUAUUUGUUUGUUAUGAAAAUGCUAAUGGAUACAUCGUUACUGAUUCUCGAUUGUAUACAUUUCUGCCAUUAUUUCAAACAUUACACUUAUUUAUUUAUGAUAUAAUUCCGUCAUCGUUAAUGUUAACAUUCAAUUUCAUCUCAAUUUAUCAUCUUUAUAAAAUACGACAUAUAACAACCAUAACAAACUCGAAAAUUCGCCAUCGACCUAUCACAAUAACACUUGUGGUCACGAGUUUUCUCUAUGUGGUAACACGAACACCGUCUGCAGUUAUCUAUUCUUACUUCUAUGCCAGUCUGCAGACAACUGAUUGGGGCCGUCGUUUAGCUAGGGGUUUUAAUAUACUCCUCUAUACAUUUCCUAUCUUAAAUUUUCCAAUUUAUCUCGUAACUUUUUCUGAAUUUCGUCAAGAAUUAUUUCGUUGUAUAACAAGAAGAAAACGGCAGAUUGGCAUUACAGAUGCUAGAAAUACGCAAGGAAAUGUCAUGCAAAUUAAAUUACAAAAUAUGUCAAAUGUACGUCAUCAAUUAUAA